GUUAUUACGUUUCCAACCGGUAUCUGCGCCUGAACCUUCUCCUCGGCUGCAGACAUGCGAACCGAGCUCAUACAUAGAUGACAUCCGCUGCCGAGCGUCUUCCAAGUGUCGUUGUCUUUGUUUGCCUGCUUUCGUCUCUACGUAUGCCUUGAUAUGAUUUGUGCUCCCAGUUUAGGACUUCAAGGGUCACCACGACCUCCAAAGGAGAAAUCUGAGGAUAUUCACGUGUGGCUAUGGCGUCUAACAGUCUUUUCAGCUCGGUGAACCCAUGCCAGCAGAACUUUUUCUGGGAUCCCAGCACCAGCCGCAGGUUCAGUCCGCCGUCCAGCAGCCUUCAGCCGGUGGCGGGGAAGAUGAGCGAUGCGCAGCAGGAGCCGAACGCAGCGGUGCCGAGACUCAGACAACACGACAACCGAACCAUGGUGGAGAUCAUCGCGGACCACCCAGCCGAACUCGUCCGGACCGACAGCCCCAACUUUCUGUGCUCAGUGCUGCCGUCUCACUGGAGGUGUAACAAAACUCUCCCUGUGGCGUUUAAGGUUGUUGCUCUGGGAGAUGUUACUGAUGGCACCGUAGUGACCGUGAUGGCCGGAAACGAUGAGAAUUACUCUGCAGAGCUUCGAAACGCCUCUGCUGUCAUGAAGAAUCAGGUGGCACGUUUCAACGACCUGAGAUUUGUUGGCAGGAGUGGAAGAGGAAAGAGCUUCACACUGACAAUCACAGUAUUCACAAACCCACCCCAAGUGGCAACUUACCACCGAGCCAUAAAGGUCACAGUGGACGGGCCGCGCGAGCCACGAAGACACAGACAGAAACUGGAGGACUCUCCUAAACCACCCCUGUUCUCCGAGCGUCUGAGCGAGUUAGAGCGCUUACGCCAGACCACCAUGAGAGUUGCCGUGCAAAACCAGAGUCCCCGGCCGUCUCUCAACGCCACGCCAAACUCCUUCAAUCCACAGGGGCAAACUCAGAUCUCAGAUCCACGUCAGGCACAAUCUUCCCCACCCUGGUCCUACGAGCAGCCAUACACUCCAUACCUGAGUCAGAUGACAUCACCAUCCAUCCACUCCACAACACCGCUGUCAUCCACCCGCGCCACCGGUCUGCCCAGCAUCAGUGAUGUGCCAAGACGUCUCUCAGGUACAUCAGACUUAAGCCCAUUCUCGGCCGACCCGCGUCAGUUUGAGCGUCAGUUUCCCGCUCUGUCUUCACUGACAGAGAGUCGAUUCUCCAGUCCCAGAAUGCACUACCCCGCCACGUUCACCUACACACCUACACCCGUCACCUCUGGCAUGUCUUUGGGAAUGUCCACGACAACCCACUACCACACUUACCUGCCUCCGCCUUACCCCGGCUCCACCCAAAACCAAAGCGGGCCCUUCCAGACCAGCAGCACACCCUAUCUAUACUAUGGCGCCUCGUCUGGGUCUUACCAAUUCUCCAUGGUCCCAGGAGGAGACAGAUCCCCAUCCAGGAUGCUGCCGCCUUGCACCAGCGCGUCUACUGGAAGCACCCUCAUCAAUCCCAAUCUUCCCAAUCAAACGGACGGCGGCGAGGCGGACGGCAGCCACAGCAGCUCGCCGACUGUGCUUAACUCCAGCGGUCGGAUGGACGAAUCUGUUUGGCGGCCAUAUUGACAAGGUGGACUUAAAUGACAAAACACUGUUAGCCUUAAGGACAUAGUGCAAGUGAGGGAAAAGGGUUUGAUGUUGAAUGCUUGCGGUGUAUUUUUAUGACUACACUGAUGUCGAAACGGAUGGCCUUCAUUACGGCAUUAGUCUGACAUUCCACUUUAGAAAGCAGUGAUGAUACACACGACAGGGACAGUUCACCCAAAAAUGAACGUUUAUGUCAACCUGUCACCUUAAACUGAAUGUUAACGACGACAGGAUUUUGCGGUGAACUUUUCCUUUAACCGGCCUAGAGUAGAUUCAUUCAAAUAGGAAUAGGUCCACAUUAUUGUCUCGAAAUAUUUUUUAUACUAACUUGGUAUAAUUUAGCAUUUCUUAACACUGAAAGUGAUUUCUCUUUAUUUAUGCAUCUUAGAAAGUCGGCUAAUUCCCUCGUUUUUAAUUUAUGUAUAAUAUGGUAGCAGAUGGUACUGAUUUGAGAAGCAAAAUAAGCCAUAUCAAAUUUAAAUUAUGCAAUGUGUUUAGAGGGACAAAAUCUAAGAUGUUUGAAUAUUAUUAUAAUUUUUUACAUCUAUUAUUAACUUAAUGCAAUAUUUACUCUUUUUAUAAUUUAAAUCUUUUGUCGUUAUUUUUGUUAUUGUGAAGCGACCCGAAAAAAUCUCCAAUGGUACGAGCGCUAUGAAGGAAGGAUACGAUGUUGUAUAACUUUAUUCACAAACAAAUAUUUGCAUUGUUUGUGGAUUCCUCUUUAUUUCUAGUAGUGUGUUUGCAAAACAUUUCAUAUUCAAAAUAUGAAGUAACAGGCAUUAAGAAUUUCCAUGAUAAAUCCAUGACAAAACAUCUAUAAUAAAAUCAUAAAUGUACAAAUGUUAAGUGAGGGUGAGUCUCUUCACAUGUUUGAUUUUAGCAUCCAAUGUUUAUCACCUUAAUUUAUUGUAAAUGUAUUUUUAUUUAAUGUUUUUUGAUGACUCAGUGGCCGAAUUCUUCGCUUCUUCAGAUGCAAACAUGAUCAAAUCUCAUCAGAUUUUCUCAUGCAUGCAUUGCCUCGAUAGUCCACGUCUAUGUAACCAAUACAGUUACCCUCUGAUCUAAAACUGGAUGGUUAACAAUGUUGUGUGGGUUAGUUACACACUAUGCAAACUGAACUAACUGAUCAAACAAGCAUCUCAGAAACGUCUCUGCUGUGUGCUGUGUACAUUAUAAUAUAUGUGCUAUAAUCUUACUGUCAUGCUGUACAAUAUCAAAAUAAUGGCAAAAUAAUCCACCCAUUUUGUUUCAUGAUGAGACAAUUCGCAGUUAACGUUAACAGACAAUCAAACAAAGUAGCCUAAAUUACACAAUUGAUGUUUACAAAAGCAUCUCAAUUUUUUUAAUAAUAUAAUUUAUUUAAUGCAAUAAUGAAUAAGUGGGAAUCAAACUGUUACUAACAAGUGAAAUAUGUUUACAUGAUAUAUUUGUAGCUGGCGUCUUUGAAGAUAAUUAUAUGCUUCUGGAUUCAACAAGCGGUACUUGAUAAAAUGUUUGUUCAUCGGCUGCUGGCGGCUCCAAUUUUCUUUAUUUCGUUCGAUGUGUAGAUCAAAGCACUUGUUUUUGUUAAGGGUGGGACAUAAAUGAAGCUUUAAGGCCAGAAAAUGCUGAAUCCCAUGAAGAAAUGUAAUAUUUUACUCAACACUAUUACAUAAAGAAAUCAAAUCCCUCAGUCUCAUAAUGAAAAUCAUCCUGUAUGCGCAUUAGAAGUUUGAUAUUGGGGUAAAACAUCACCAUGACAAUCUUGUGAGAUUCACCCAAAACUCAGCACUAUAUAUUUGGGGUCAUGUAUCUCUAGUUAGAGAGACAGCACUACAGAUCAAACAUCAUUUUUACAUUGUAUGUCUUAGAGAUGAAUACAACAACACAAACCUGCAUGUGUAUCAUUAUCCACGAUCAUUUGUCAUGUACAGUAUUACAUUUGAUUUCUUUUCAUUCAGUAACAACAUUUACACUGCUGUCCUUACCCCACUGUUUAAUUUUUGCCUUGUUUUUUAUUUUACCGCGGUGUCUUCUGGUAGUAAGGAGAGUUAUUAUGUUUACAGAAUGUUUACAAAAACUGCAAGCAGGCAACUGCAAAUGUACAGAAACUCUGCACUGUUAACUUUCUAGACACUGUAAAAAAUAUUUUCCUGCAUAAAAUUUUUUUCAUGUCAUGUCAACUUACUAAAAAAGUCAACUUAAUUUUAUAAGUUAUAACAACUCAUCUCUAGUCAAGAUAAAUAAGAGUAAGUUGACAUGACUUGUAAAUCUACAGAGCCCCUAAGGGCACUAUCGCGUGCGCACAUGAAACUAUCGCGUGCGCACGUGAAACUAUCGCAUUUAGUUUUGCGUGCUUACGUGAAACUAUCAAGCGCGCACGUGAAACUAUUGCGUGCGCAUGUGAAGUGAAAGUUUCACGUGUGCACGCAAAAGUUUUACUUUUACAAAAAAUUCUGCACAUGAAGGUUUCGCGUGAGCACAUGAAAGUUUCACAUGAGUACACGAAAGUUUCACGUGAGCACAUCAAACUAAACUUUAGAUUUGUUUUACUCCGAUGUCACCUUAGGGGCUCGGUUUAAAUCUGAGUUGACUCAAAAAAAUUUUAAAAAAUAAUGCAGCAAAUAUUUUUUUUACAGUGUGACUUUUCAUGUUUUAUUACUUCAAUAUGCCUGAUAUAGCUGAAAGAGAAGAACAUUGGUCUGUCUUAAUACAUGUACGGCUGUGUCUAAAUGUCUGUAUAUGCUUUUGGGUUGUGUUGACUGUUUGUUAUGUCUUUGUCAUGUAAUAUCUUCACAUAACUCUGCUAUACUGUAGGGGUCUCACAGGUCUCGGGUCAGGAGAGAUUACUGGCAAUUUUUUUAUUUUAAAACAUGCAUUGUGCAGAUUUCAUUAAAAAGUUUGCUUAUGUAGUCCGUAUGCAAGAUCGCCUUAACCCACUAUACGAAAUGUCUUUUACGCUCCAUUACUGUUGUUUCUUAUUUGAACCCCUAGAAAUAACCUGGAUGCUAUCAUUUGUUUCAUCAGAAUGCUUUGUUUGUAAACAGUCAUUUAUUGAUAUCAUCUCAUGUCAUUACUCAAAUACUGGACAGAUGUGUCCGUGUCAAACCUUCACCUGUUUCUGUGGGACUAACGAUCCAGUAAAAAUUGUGAGAUUUUUGAACAUUUCUGAUUGUAUAGUUUGUCUUUGAGAAUAAAAACAGCUUUUUGGUAUAA